UAUAUUUGUGUUUUUGAUGUUUUCUUUCCACUAAUCUGAAACAACACGAUGUGAACAGACAAUCAAAAUCUAAAAACUUUUUGCCUGUAGUGAUGAUAAAUAAUUAUAUUAAAUGGAUUACAUUCACUUAGAAUACUAAUGCAGUUUUGUAACCAUAGCAACAGCGAGUUUCCGAUAUUUGCCAGUCUUCAGUUGCGCUUUGUCUUAAAAACAAAUAUACUCACUUAUAUUUAAGUAACAUUUUCAGUAGUACUUGUAAAUAUUGUGGGCUAAAUUAAUUAAUUAAUUUAUUUUGUCUUGUGUUAUAAUGCAGGCUACAUGUGAGUUCUGAGCGAGGCACGCGCGUGUUCCUUUAAGAGUCGCGCUGGCGUUGCGUAGAUCCUUCAUGAAUGAAACCACGUGACCAAAGCAAAUCAUAUGACGUCUGGCUUCAGCGCGAGAGAAAGAGGAUCAACACGGUCACAAAUUCGCCGGCAACAGCGACAAACUCCCGCCGGAUUCUCUUCGGUUCCACCCGACACAGUCUCCCGCUGCUCCGGAGGAUUCGAUCUGCGUGGCUUGGCAGCGGUUCCUCGUGGCAUGACGACCACUAACAAAGGAAACAAGGCCUUGAAGGUGAAGAGGGAGCCCGGUGAGAACGGGACGAGCCUGACGGACGAUGAGCUGGUGUCCAUGUCGGUCCGCGAGCUCAACCAGCACCUGCGCGGCCUGACCAAAGAAGAGAUCCUUCAGCUGAAGCAGCGCCGGCGGACACUGAAGAACCGGGGCUACGCCGCCAGCUGCCGCGUCAAGCGUGUCACGCAGAAGGAGGAGCUUGAGAAGCAGAAGGCGGAGCUUCAGCAGGAAGUAGAGAAGCUGGCUUCAGAGAACGCUAGCAUGAAAGUAGAGCUGGACGCGCUGCGCUCCAAAUACGAGGCUCUGCAGAGCUUCGCCAGAACUGUGGCCCGAGGGCCCGUGGCCCCGGUUUGUAACCCCCGCGGGCCCUUGUCCUCCGUCAUCGGGCCCCUCAUUCCCGGGAAGGUUGGAGCCACCAGUGUUAUCACGAUAGUCAAAUCGAAAACCGAUGUGAGGUCUUAGUAGCGCACAGAGAGCAAGGGUUGGUCAGUGCAUGAGGGUUUAGGUGCGGGACGCUCGUUUCACAGCAGACUGAUGGAAAACCUCUUCGGUACUCUGUAAUGUGGGCUUCUUCUGGGUUACGAAAGAAGGAAAGCACAUCUAGGACGGUCAAUCCACUUGGGCUUCCAAAAAGAUCUCCAAAUUCCGAAUCGAAAACCAUGCAGCCAAAUUUUCCUGGUGGAUGUGUGUUGUAUUGCUGUGAGAUUUGUAAUUUUGUACAAAUAUUGGCGACUUUGUAUCGUGCGUUUCACAUGGGGUCCAAGUGUUUCCUUUGUCAUUGUAAUAUUGUACUUUUUAUACAGUGUUUGUGUUGAUUUCCUCUUCGUAUGUGCUGUUAUGCGCCAUUUUUCCGUCCUUUUGGUUUUACGGACUGCAGGCACAAAACACUUUAAACCGUUCAGACUUCCAAACUCUUCCGCCGUCUGAAGGAAAAGCUUUCUGAGGUAGGAGAGUAUCAGCCAAUGAGAAGCUCCCUUUACCUGAGCCUCAUUAUGCACUGACCAAUCGCUGACGGGCAGGAGGAGAGGAGGCAGAGUCAAAUCAGCUGAUGUUGUUCAUAUGGUAGCUAUCAGAAUAUCUGUCACCAGUUUAUGUGCUCCAGUCGUCCUGUUCAGGACAGGAGAUCGUUUUAUUGGCAACGCAGUAACAGGUUUAUGUUAUGUGAUGUAUUAUGUUGUUUAUUUCACGCUGAAGUUGAUCAUGUCUGUCGUUAUCUGUAAAUCCAGAGAGAUUUAUCUUUUUGUGUUCUGUGCCAAACUAAAAACAAGAGGAAAACCCCAAGUUUCUGUCUUUGAGGGACGGACUGUUGUGUGACAUAAACUGGUGAAUCCCACAAGCUUUGCCAUAACUUUGUUGCUGUGACAUUGCGUAAAGUAUUCUACGAAUCUUUGUCUAUAUGGUGGAGUCUUGAAUUUUAUAUACAUACAUAUAUAUAUAUAUAUAUAUAUAAAAAAAUGACAGAGUACCUUGCAUUAUUUAUAAAACAUUUAAAAAAAAAAUAUAAAGAUGUUUGAUAGCUCUCUUUUUUGCAAUUGUACCAAAAGUGGCUUAACUAUUGAAGUCAAUAGCUUUUUCUAGUGGCUAGGCGCGUCAAACUGUGGACUAGCGCGUGUGGUGUGAUUUGUACUGGUGAGGUGGCGAUGUGUUGUUUACGACGUGGAUGUGAUGCUCUUUAUCUUCUGAUUUCAGUCGAAUGCGUGCGAUGAGCGCCGCUUACCCAGAAUCCCCUCUGAGCGUUUGUGUGCUCCAUGUUUAAGUGGACGGGACACGACGGGAUCUCUGGGACGCGCCACAUCGCCUGUGUUUGAGCCCUUUUAUGUGACGUGUCAUUUUUAUAUAUUUUUGGUGUAAAAUGUUUCUAUGGUAUAUUAUAUUUGUAGGUGUUUUUUUCUUCUUUUUUCGGGUUGUUUUCUUUAAAUGCCAGGGAAGUGACUCUGUCUGCACUGGUUUAAACCAGCUCUUCACGCUGCGACGCCGCUCAAAAUAUUACUUUUCUCAACUUUUAAAACUAAGAAAGAGCUGUCCGAAAGGUUUCAGGACACUAUCUGCAUUUUUCUUUUUUUUUUUGGCCAAAUUGUUUCUCCAAUAAGACAAGAAGUAAAACUCAGAGCUGUUGUAAUGCUGCGUUCAUGCUUCUUCGUAAUUACUGUAAUUAUUAGACUGUAAUUAUGUUAAAGUUCUGUCCAUUCUCGGACUCUGAAUUUUUUUUUAUUGCAAUGCACAUAAUGCUUAAAAAUAUGCAGUUCCUCGCACACCCGAUAAAUUGGCAAUUUAUGUAGUCAAAUUACAAUAUUUACUAGAAAAGACAUCUUUGCAUGGUUACAGAAAUUUUAAUGAGCAAUUUCAGUGCAUAGUAAGAAACCAAUAUGCAUCCGAUUGGGAGGAAAAAAUAAAUUAAAAAAUGUUUACAAAUAUUCACAUUUACAAAAAAUACUAUUAAAUAAAUUAUUUAAAUUAAUUUUUACAAAA